CGAAAUCAGCAGGCGGAUGUGCUGUUGCGCGGGAUGUUUUUAGGAAGAUCCUGUAAUUUCUGUCUCUCCGUUUGUUGUUUGGCGGUUUGAUGUGUUUUUUUGCAUGGCGUGUAAAUGAGUGGGCUGCCUAUUGGUCAAACAGGAAGCGUUUAUGAUUUCGGUUUUGACACAUCGUGACACCCGAGAAAUAAAUGAAAUAUACGUAUGUAAGACAUCCGAUCUCUACGCCGAAACGUCGCGUAACAGCCGUUAUGCGAAAAAGUUCUUAAGAAGUCCUUUCAGAAUUUGUGCGUGCGUUGGCGCAGCGUCACGCGUUGUAUAAGACGACGCGAUGCUAAGAACCAGCCGGAACUCCUUUCCGCGCCCGCAGGUCAAAUACAAGAAAUCCCGUCAGCAUCCCCACGUUUUCGACUCGAACGAGGAGACAUCCAACAUGCCACCGUCUAGCACUCUGUUUCGGCGCCGCACCGCGUCGCCUCUUAAAGCUAUCUCAAAACGCCGCUCGACCUUUGACCACAGCAACGUCAAUGAUCUCGAAAUCGGUUAUGUAUGCCCACAUGUCCCUUAUUGCUUCGGUUAUCCCUACGAUCCAUCCAAUAGCUCCAGUUUAGUGCCGACACCACGGCAUGACCUUUACGAGACAGCGGUGAUUAACGUCGGCGGGAAGCGGUACGAGACGCUAAUCAGCACACUGAAUCGGUUUCCUGGAACGUUGUUAGGCGAUCCGGUGAAACGUGAUCGCUACUUCAAUCCUAACACGAAGGAAUAUUUCUUCGAUCGGAAUCGCGCUUGUUUCGAUCCCAUCUUCGAGCUGUACCAGACCGGUGAGCCGCUGUACCGUCCGCAUAACGUGCCGAUCCAGAAGUUUGUUCGGGAGUUGUUCUUCUAUGAAGUGGGCGAAGAGGUCAUUAAUGAGUUUCUCGAAGGGGAGGGGCUACUGCGCGAGCAUGUACUACUGCCGAAGAAUCCAUUACAACGCUAUAUAUGGAAGAUAUUCGAGACAACGGACAGCUGCUGGGCCGCGCGGAUCAUCGCGGUGGUGAACGUACUCAUGGUGUUGAUGGCGGUGGUGACAUUCUGCAUUCAGACACUACCCGAGUACCAGACCCGCGAUGUAUUUGUUAAUGGGACAUUAGCCAUUAAUGUUGAUAGCUGGGGCGAGAAUAAUGUCUCCAAUCCGUUCUUCAUCGUGGAGACCUUGUGCACGAUCUGGUUCACUCUGGACCUGGUGAUCCGCUUCAGUGUCAGCCCACUGAAGAACCGGUUUUUCCUGAAUGGGAUGAAUAUUAUCGAUAUACUAUCGAUUAUGCCGUACUUCAUUGAUUUGGCGCUGAAUUCGCCUCAGGAACACAUUGCCGGGGAGCCGUCCAAAGUCAUGUUGUUGACGAUUCUACGCAUUUUACGGGUGAUUAAGAUAUUCAGAGUGUUUAAGCUGGGCCGGUAUUCCAAUGGACUGCAGACCUUGGCCAUGACCUUACGAGCCGCAAGGUACGAAGUCGGCCUCAUGUUGGUCGUGGUGUCCAUAGGAGUGAUCGUAUUCAGUGCGGCUGUUUAUUACGCCGAACUGGGCAGUGGUCAGGAGACGAAGUUCACCAGUAUUCCGGCUGGUUUUUGGUGGGCGAUUAUCACGUGGACCACCGUUGGCUAUGGAGAUGUUGUGCCGGUAUCUAUUGGUGGGAAAAUCGUCGGUGGAUUUUGUGCCUUAUGUGGGAUUCUGGGUCUGUCGUUCAUGGUGCCGGUGAUAGUGGCGCACUUUGAACAUUUUUUCUAUCGUGCACAAGAUCUAGAAAAGCUGGACGAGGUUUUUCAGGAGGUGAAGGAGCGAAAGAAAUGUCUGACUGCCUUCACGAAAAUGCGCCAACGCCAGAUGAAGACCGGCGAAUAUGCCACGAAAAUGUCCAAUGGAUCGCUUCUGGUUGUUCCCCUCAGAAUCGACGAAGCUGUGAUUGUCGAUGAAACGACGAAGGAAAGCGAGGCCUAAAAUUACUCUGAGUGACCCACCAACCUUGUUAGUUGUUAGCAUUAACGUGUACCCCCGAGUAAAACACUGUUCGAAUUUUGGCCUUUAACUAACGUUUAGCUAACGUAUUUUUUACAAACUGUUUUACUCGGGACCGUGGUGAACGCGGAAAUGCUUUAAUGAACGGAUGUUGAUGACAAAACUUUGCGCCUUAAUUAUUUGA